AUGAGUGUGAAAUUGCAUUUGAGAGCUGAGACUAAACCAUUGGAGGCCCGUGCGGCUUUGACCCCAAAGACUGUUAAGGAAUUGAUCUCGAAGGGUUUCAAGAUUUACGUUGAAGAGAGUUCGCAAUCUGCCUUUAACAGUGAUGAGUACAAGAAAGUUGGUGCUGAGAUAGUUCCAGAGGGAUCUUGGGUUGAUGCACCUCGUGAUAGAAUUAUUAUUGGUUUAAAGGAAAUGCCAGAAACUGAUACUUUCCCAUUAGUUCAUGAACAUAUCCAGUUCGCGCACUGUUACAAGGACCAGGCCGGUUGGAAAGACGUCUUGAAGAGAUUUAUCGAUGGUAAAGGGACCCUUUAUGACUUGGAGUUCUUGGAGAAUGAUCAGGGUAGAAGAGUGGCUGCAUUUGGAUUUUACGCUGGUUUUGCAGGUGCUGCUUUGGGUUUAAGAGACUGGGCUUUUAAGCAAACUCAUGCUGACUCCGAGGACCUACCUGCAGUAUCCCCAUACAGUAGCGAACAGGCUUUGGUCAAGGAUGUUGUGAGCGACUAUAAGAAGGCAUUGAAGAGCGGUGCAAGAAAGCCAACUGUACUGGUGAUUGGUGCUCUAGGUAGAUGUGGUUCUGGAGCCAUUGAUCUAUUGCACAAGGUUGGUGUCCCGGAUGAGAACAUAUUGAAAUGGGAUAUCAAAGAAACUUCCCGCGGUGGACCAUUCAAGGAGAUUGCUCAAGCUGAUAUCUUCAUCAACUGUAUCUACUUGUCCAAACCAAUCCCACCAUUCAUUGACUACAAACUACUGAAUAGACCAGAGAGAAGACUAAGAACGGUUGUUGACGUCUCUGCCGACACAACUAACCCUCAUAACCCAGUGCCAAUCUACGACAUUGCCACUGUGUUCAACAAACCAACAGUGCUGGUGCCCACUACAGCAGGACCAAAACUAUCCGUCAUUUCCAUCGAUCAUUUACCUUCAUUGCUACCAAGAGAAGCUUCUGAGUUUUUCGCUCACGAUCUAUUGCCAUCUUUGGAACAACUUCCUCAAAGAAACAAGUCCCCUGUCUGGGUUAGAGCCAAGAAACUGUUUGAAAAACACUGCAAUCGUGUUAACAGAUCCUCGAAGUUAUGA